CAUUUUGGCUCCAGUCGUGGCCACACCUCUCCGCUGUGCUGUUUGUUGGUUUUAUCUGAAAGAGUAGAAGGGCUGUUGGGUGGUACUGAAGAUCGCCGGAAAUAUAAAGGGUUUAUUUAAUCAUAUAUACACUUGAUUUGUUUAAAUCGAGCAAGAUAAACAGGCUAGCGAGAUAUAUAUUUUAUUUUAAUGUCGCCAACUCACUUUUGUUUAACAACUGUCACCCACAAUGCACUUGACAGGAAGCGUUUUAUUUCAGUUGGCGCGCAGUUCCGAGUAUACAAACAGUUGGUGUGAAACGUUGAAUACGGCUAAAUUUCUCACUCGCGUGUAAAGCUAUCAACUAGUCAAUCAUUUGUACAUCUUGUUCACAUGUCUGCCAUGAAAGUGACAGCUCCCAACUUAGCAAUAAAGUUAACUCAAGCCGUCAGUAGCGAGGGAUCGGACCUUUUAGGAUUCCGAUGCUCUUCUGUUGCAUAAUGGAGAGACUGCCCUCGGAAGAUCCGUAUCGAAAUCCUCAUCGACUUUCCCUGUAUGGAAAGAUAAUCUUAUUUAACUACAAACAAGCUUCGGGAACAGAUGGCGGGGAAAGAAGCGAGUUAGUUUUCCGCAGCGUUUCAUUUGAACGGGAAGACAACACGUUCCUGAAGGCAGCGGAUGGAGCAGUUGUCACCAGCAGGAAAACAUCAGCUCAUAUGGAUAUUGUCAAAUGUAACUGUGCCAUAGACGUUCAGAAGAGAGUCGCAACACCGUGUGCUUUAGUGACAGAGAAGAGUGAGAAAGGAGAGAGCUUCCAGUAUACACUUUUCACAUUGAGCAGCUCAAACCAACUGGAGCCCUGCAUUGAGUUUCAACUCCCUUAUCAAAUGAGGGAUACUGUGUCUAUCCUCCAUGGCCCCACGGUGUUGUGGAGUCAUGCUGGUAAUGUCUUCUAUACAUCUUUGCAGGCAGGAGAGGUGAGACAGAUACCAAUGCAGUUGUCCCACAUUGUCGUUGGAGAACUUCCUCUCCACAAAGGACAGGUCUUUGUUCUUGGACUGCAAAAUGAAAAUAAUCAUUCCACAAGCCAAACCCUGGGCUAUUUCGUUGAGAAUGGACAUGCGUUUGACGGCACUAUGAUUUUACCUUACCCCUACAUUUGCAUCACACGGUGCAUGCUGGUGCUCUCAGCUGACAGGGUGGAUGGUGCGCUGAAGUCUGCUGUGGUUGCAGCGACUUCUAAUCAGCAACUCGUUUAUUUUGAGAAUGGAAUCGUAAAAGACACAUGUCAGCUCCCCUUCGUGCAACCUGAAGAUAUUCAGGUGGUCCACACUGGAAGGAAUGGCUGCCUUUUUGUCAUAUCCUUUCUACAAGGGCAUGUUUGCGCGAUAUUGAGGGAAACAUUUCAGAUAGCCUCCCACUGGUCUGGUGUCAGCUCCAUCCAUGUGGAUGAUUUCCUGGGAUGUGGAACAGACCAGAUGCUAUUGGUUUUUAAGGAUGAAGGUUCAACAGGCCAGCCACUGGAAAAUUUCCUCAUCACUGACCUCUGUGGUGUUUCAUAUUCUCAUGGACAGGACACUGGAUUACCAAAACGACCUCCUCCUCCACCAGAGAACUAUCUUCUUACUCUUCAAGCCUUAGAGUCCAGACUACAGAGUGGAUUGACAGUGCUUCAGGAGCUUCAAAGAGAAGUGAGAGUGAAGGAAAGAGUUGUACAGCAGUCGGUCAGAGCCCUUACUGACGUGGUCUCAGAAAGAGAACAUAUUCUCACCCAGCCCGAGCAGGAAGGCCUCAUUGCUCUAUGGGACUCUGAUGAUGAUGAGUCAAAGGACGAAGCCUUGGAUGACAAGACACAAGACAUGCCAGCAGUGUCUUCAAAACCUCAAGUUGACAAGCUUUGGCAUCGCAUUGCUGAGGACCGAAUGGUUGUGGGAGUGAUACUGACGACUGACAGCUCUAUACCAGUGGCCAGUGUGAGCUUAUCCGUCCUGACAGAGACUGGCCAGGGCUCAACACCCGCAGUCAUCCAGACCCAGAGCCAAGUGUUGUGGCUCCCCACACCCUGCUCCUCAUCAUCAUCCUCCUCCUCCUCCUCUGCCUCCACGUUCCCAGAGCCCGCAGCCAAAAGAAGCAAGCGACACAACGCCAGCAGACCCAAUGAUCUCAACACAUGCAGACUGGCUGUGACUGCUGUGACCAGGCUGACUCCUCUGUUGAACUCUGGCUGUGUCAAGUGCCGUGUCAUGCUCCAUUACGUCCAGAGACAAGAUGCUUUUUCCUUGGUGAGCAACCCAACACCGGUUGUCCUGCAUUGUGGUCAAGUUGCUCUUGACAUCCACAGUGAUUUCCAAACCCAACUGCUGACAAAACCCGAACUCAACACAGAUGAGGUGAAAGAGGACUUGCUCAGUUUGCUGGCACUGCUGAAUUGCUGGGUCUUCCACAUAGACUCUCCUGAUCACAGCUUAGGUGAUAUAGAUGGAUGGAUUCAGAAAAGAAUGGGCUGUAAGAGGAUAGAAGUGAGCGCACAGCAUCUACUGUUAAAGUCUUCGGGAACAUCUGCUCUCAUGCUGCUGCGCUGGCGUCAGAUAACCCCUUUCCAGGGGGAACUGUCUGUCCACUCCAGCCAGUUACAGAUGCUCCAGUUCCUGGACUCGCUCUUGGCUUACCUCCCUGUGUCCUGCUCCAUCCAGCCUGUCAAAGGUACAAGAGGACAGGGUGCAGCUGAACUAUUUUCUUCGGCACUGGAAAAAGAAGUGGUGUCACUCAGAGAGUGUGUGUCGUUGCUUCUUUGUGAAAAAGAGGAGGACAAGAAGAGGAGUAGCCCCGGACAUUAUGAGACCCCUGAGCCAGGUUCUGUAGAGGGGCUACAGAGGUGCAGAGAGGCGUGGCAGCGGGAUGUGGAGAGGAGUAGGAUGAGGUUGAGCCCCCUGGUGGAUGUGGGGAGGUAUCGUAAGCUGACCCAAAGCGUGUCCACAGUGCAGCUCAAUGGUGAUUUGGCAGCUCUCUUAGAAAUACAGAGAACUUUGCUCCAAUAAUAUGCUGCAGACAUAGUUAUUGUUGAAAAUCAUCCAAUCCCUAGGUCUGCGUUUCCUCAUCAAGUAGUUAGUAUUAAAGUGGAAAAAAAGCCAAGUCUCUCAUAGUGUAUUGUGUCAAGGGUAAUAACUAAUAGAAGACAGUUCAUCUUGUAGGCUCUGCACAUCUCACCUGAACUAAGAGCUACCCCCGUCGCUGGCUUGGUUACGUUCUGAGCUGAACUGUGUGUGUCUGCUCUCUCAGACAGCCUUGGGGUUCAUAUCUUGCGAGUGUCUGUUGAUGUAAAGAGACCCAGCCUAUUUCCAUUGGAUCACCUCCUGGGUUUCACAACCUUCAUCUGAUACUGAUGCGAUAUUGCAUCUCUGCUCAGCUUAUUCUUCUGUUCUUCUGUUCAUGUCCCUUUAUAUCCUCUGUCUUUCAAAGACGCUCUUUUACAUCCAUGUGUAGCUGCUGUUGCUGCUGUGUGCUAUACGGUAGGAGACCGAGACCACAUUCAUCCAUGAGGAACUGUUUGUAUUAUGAAUAAAGACAACAGAUGACAGUAGAGCAAGGGGUUAUACAUUUGCUCACUGGCUGCCGUUGACUGAAA